CUCCAAUAUGGUAUCGACCUAAUAGCCGAUCCUCUUCUUCUUCAUCAUCUUCUUCACCAAAAUCAACAAUGGCAGGAGAUAAAAAGACAGUCCAUCCGGCGUUUGCUAUCAACAACAUCAAAACCCUAAUCCCUAUUAUCCUAGACAUCAAACAGGAUGAAUACUCAUCUUGGGUUUUUCUAUUUGAACUCCAUCUUCAGGCUCAUCGCCUUCUUUUUCUCAUCAAUGGAGACAAACCCCCCAGAUGUUGACGCCGACACCGUCCUCCAACUCGACGGUCUCUGUCGUCAAUGGAUGUUCUCCACCAUGGCCAAGGAUUUAAUGCUCACCGUCCUAAAAUCUGGCAAAACUGCUAAAGAGCUUUGGAAUCAUCUCAAGAAACUCUUUCAAGACAACAAAGGUAACCGCGCUGCGAAUCUUGAACGUAAGUUUGUCAAUCUUAAGUUUAUUGAUUGCACUAGUAUUGAUGAUUACUGCGAUAAGCUUAAAUCCCUGUCCGAUCGAUUACUUGAUCUUGACUUUCCCAUGGAUGAUAAACGACUUGUGAUUCAACUUGUCAACGGCCUUCCGGAGGAAUACAACACGGUAGCCUCUUUUAUCCAACAAUCAAUGCCGACGUUUGAUGCCGCUCGAUCCCAGCUGCGUACCGAAGAGAUUCGUCGCUCCCAACAGCAAUCUCAGUCUGCACCUACUGCCCUUGCCGCUGUAGCUCCAUCCACUGACCGCAACAACCAGCGCUCACAGCGUGGUGGUCAUGCCAGACGCGGUGGUCAUCGCUCCUCUGCUCCAGCCACCGAACCGCCCCUGCUGCCAACACCUCCGCACCCCUACCAUCUCUACGGUGCACCCCAUCCAACGUACAACAUCCACUGUCCACCACAAUGGGCAGUACCACCUUGUCCGUACGCUACAACACUUCCGGCAACACCUUGGCAUCCACCUUCCAGCCGCGGUUCCUUCCAAGGCCUUGGCCGUACUAGUCAGUCAGGCGGUCGAACCUCUGGCGUUGGACGUGCACAGGCAUAUCUAACUCCAUCCACGAAAUAUCUUCAACCCAGUGACAUUGCCGAAGUGUACAGCUCCAUGAGUUUAUACUCACCUGACGACGCUUUCUAUAUGGAUACCGGUGCCACAUCACAUCUCACUGCGGAUUCAGGAUUUGAAUUCGAGGAAGAUUCUCCUUCGAUGUAACAGUUCCGGGGAGCUUUACCCUAUUACUGCUUCUGCCGUAUCACCUUCAACAUCGUCUCUGUCUCGUCCUAUAUCCCUUGUCGUGUGCUCUCAUGACAUUUGGCACAGCCGUCUUGGCGACCCAGGGAAAGCUAUCUUAGAUAAUUUACGUGCAAACUCUUCAAUUCAAUGUAAUAAAAAUCAGUCUACAAAACUUGGUCAUUCCUGUCAAGUUAGUAAACAUGUUCGUCUGCCGUUUUUUGAAUCAAAUUCUGUUACUU